UUGUUGUACCGUUGCCUAGCAACGACCUGGAUAGCUGCUUUUACAUUUUAAAGUAGCGUUUUCACAACUCUACCAACAAUGUCUGAAGCCAUCUACCCAUCAGGAAGCGUCUACGACUGGAUCCCAAAGGAGCAAGAGGAAAUUAAAAAACCACCAAGAUAUGUAUCCAAGUUCAGGCCAGCUGUCAUUCUUGAGGAGAAGCUAACCAAAGAUGCGAAGAAGACUAUGGGACCACCAAAAGUGGAACUGCCGUCUCCGGAUAAGUACCUGAAAAAACACUCGAAGCAUCCCAAACCACCUGAGAAGUCUGAAGAUGGAUAUAAGACUCGGACCUGCACAGUGAAGAAGCCAAUGGUCCCUAGGCGGACCGAGAAACCACUGAUGGGGAUCCAAACCAAAAGGGAUUUCCUACAGACUACUGUCAUGUUUCCCAUGAAGCCUAAAGCCACUUCUGUUGACACAAAGAAAGGACACAAACAGCUCCUGGAGAACUCUGGACUUGUCCCUAAAUACGUCAUGAAAAAGGAUUACGGUGAAGUACCGACGUAUCUGCAGCUGCGCAGUGAAGCCGAGCGGAAGGCCCAGGCGGAGUACCAGCGCCUGGCAGGGGAGCAGAAUGUGCUGGAGCGGCUAACGGAGGAGGAACAUCAGGCCGUCCUGAAGGGCCUGAAGAAGAAGUGGGAUGAACUCCACCGUGAAUAUCAGGGCCUUCCUCUCCUCAUCGACACGCCGUCAAAGAAAACCCGGAAGAUCCGCCUGGAGGAGAAGAUGAGUCAACUGGAGAAGGACAUCAGCUUCUUUGAAAGGUUCAAAACCAUUUUUAUUUACGAUGAUUAGGGACGAAUGGUUUUGGUCGCUAAAUCUCACCAGUAGAGGGAGCUGCUGCAGAAAAUGUUGGUGUGUGAAUUUCCAAAAUAGCUUUAACAAAUUAGAUACGUUGUUGUUUCAGCAGUUUGACUCUCAACAUUGAGGUGAGAUAACUGUGGUUACAUUAACACAGCAGGGAAACGUGACCCGUAUCCGACUUUUUCAGUCUGAACGCCCCAAUUUUGAAUCGGAUCAGAACAGAAUCAGAUUUGUUCUACUUUCAUGCUUUGUAAUAAUUCAUAUUCUGAUUGUUUUCAAACUGUCUGCAGUCUGGACAGUCAUGACACAUUUUACCUGACGUUCAUGUUGUUGAUGUGAGAUACGAGUCAUAAAAAUGCCAGACGCAUUAAAUCCGGACGAAAACAAUGACUGUAAAUUAUAAUUAUGGAAGAAGAAGUCAGUGCUUCAAAUCACAGUCACACCUUGGUUUUGAUUUUGAAUUCAAACAUACUUCAAACAGCUGUUUCUGUUAGCUGUGUUUUCUUUUUAUGAGCUCCCUUCAUGUUUCCUAAUAUGAUUAUGUGACGAUAUUGUCAGCUGUUGUUGCUGAGUAAAGGUUAAAAGGACAGUACUAUGUAAAACUGACUUUUUUGAGCUUCAAAUCAUGUUAAAAUGUCAUUCCUUCAUCAAAA